AUGGCGGCAUCAAGCACUGCUCCCUACGCCCAGGCCGUGAUCAUUCCAUCGCUUUCUAUCCUAUGCAUGCUGCUGACCAUCCCUCCCUUGAUCUUGCAUUGGAAAAAUAAGAAUUUUCCGGUCGUUUCCCUCAUAUGCUGGCUCCUGUGUCUCAACUUGUUCAAUGUUAUCAACGCAUUUAUAUGGCCGAAUGAUGACAUGGAUAGUUGGUGGAGUGGCGCCGGCCUUUGUGAUGUGGAAGUCAAGGUGAUGAUUGCCAGCUAUGUUGCGGUGCCUGGAAAUUUGGUCUGCAUCUUCCGCACUCUAGCCAGCAUGAUUGAUACUAGACGUGCAAUGCUUGUCCCGAGCAAGCAGCAACGGUGGUGGAAUUUCGGCAUAGAUAUGCUAUUUUGUGUGAUCGUGCCCGUUGUGGCAAUGGCUACACAUAUAGUCUACCAGGCGAACCGAUACAUUCUGGUUGGCAUCUCGGGCUGCGUUAAUAGCUUUGAUGAAAGUUGGGUGAGCCUCAUACUGGCAUGGAUCUGGCCUCUAUUAAUCUGCCUUAUGGCUGGCUAUUAUUGCAGCCUUGUGGUUUAUCGUCUUCAGAGAUACCGGAACCAAUUUGGUGACAUCCUACAAGCAUCAAACAGUAACUUGAACAAAUCUAGAUUCAUGCGGCUAUUCAUCCUUUCCUUCAUUGUGCUCCUGGCUAUCCUGCCGGUCCAAACAUACGUUGUCUACAAGAACAUCGAACUUUCACUACCGUGGCACUCUUACUCAUGGAGUGUGGCACACGGACCACAUUGGAAUAAAAUCCAGAAGAUACCUUCAGGUGGUGAAGCCUUUUUCGAUCGCUGGUUUCCAGUGGCCUCUGGAUUCAUGUUGUUCAUCCUCUUCGGGUGCGGCAGAGACGCUUCUAGGAUAACUCGUGCAGAGAACCCUGCUACUGCGAAUAGUAUCGACAGGACCUUUGAUGACAUUGAGAAGGGCAGAGUCUCUUGGCCGAAACCCCAGCAAGGACAGAGCAUGUCUUGGCUUAAGCAUCCUUGGUCUCUUUUGCACCGUCCACUUCACCGCUCGUCUACUUCUAGUGGCGAGAGAAUCUUAUCCCAGCCGAACCUCUCUGCUCCGUCAAAUACAGUUUCCGCUAAUGCAUGGGCGGGCUCCAGCCAAAGCCGGGGCAGUAGUGAUCUUACUUAUAUGCCUGGAAGAGAGGCAUUUAUCCGAGUUAAACGCGACAUCAGCCAGGAUAGCGAAUUGCGAGCAUGA